CCUCCUCGGUCACGUGACCGAACGACUCCUCCAGCUAGCUGCUCCCUUCUACAGUCAUGGCGGUGUCGGGGAGCCGCGGAGAUGGAGUAAACAACACAUCUUCUGCAUCCUAAUAGCUGCCGUAGCCACCGGACCUGGACCUGCUGCUGCCGUUUGAAUGAUCACAAACAUCUCGAAGGCUGCGGCGCUUCCAACGAUGACGGACCGCGGUGUGGAUCUGUCGGCUCUGCCUAAAGAGGUCAGGGACCAGCUGGCGGAGCUGGACCUGGAGCUGUCCGAAGGUGACAUCACUCAGAAGGGCUAUGAGAAGAAAAGGACCAAACUCCUAGCUCCAUAUAUAAUCCAGGCUCCAGUGCCUCCCCCUCAGAAUGACUUCCAGCCUCCAGCUCCCAGUUCCUCCAGCCAGGCCCCUCCCCCCUCCAGUUCAUCCCGGUACCGUGAACGUCGCUCCCGCAGAACUCAUCGCAGGGGAGGGACCAGGGAUGACCGCUACAGAUCAGAUGUUCAUUCGGAGGCAGUUCAGGCCGCCCUGGCAAAGCAUAAGGAGGAGAAGAUGGCACUUCCCAUGCCUACCAAGAGGAGGUCUACUUACGUGCAGUCUCCCAUUGAAACUCGCACACCCCCAGACUCCUCAUCAGGUUCUGAAGAUGAGACAUCUGUGCGCCGACAGUCUUCGGUGAUCGCCCCCCCGCCUCCAGUCAAUUCAAACAAACAGAGCCCAGACUGUUGGAUCAGUCGCUCCGCUCAGGGCUCCUCCACCUCCUCCUCGGCCUCCUCCACACUCUCCCAUGGCGAAGCUAAACCUCAGCCUCAGAGCCAGCCCCAGCCUCAGUACAAGCCGCAGUACCAGCCUCUGUAUCAGCCUCAGUACCAAUCUCAGGAGCAGAGCCGCACUGCAGCAGUGACAGACAUGCUGGCUCACGCCGGGAGUGCUGGGAGCGCCCCUUCCUGCACGUGCCAUCCUCUCCAUGAGUGGCCUUAGCCACGGUGUCAUCAGGGUCAAUACAGAGGACAAGAACUCUGCUCUGACAGUACAAGAUGUGGGACACGUCAUGCCUGGAGCUCUGAUGUGUAUAGUUAAGCCAGAUGGACCACCUCAGUUGUGUAAAACCGAUGAGAUAGGAGAGAUAAUCAUCAACUCCCGCGCUGGAGGCAUGAUGUACUAUGGCUUGCCUGGACUCACCAAAAACACCUUUGAGGUGAUACCGGUCAACGCUAAUGGCGUUCCUAUUGGAGAGAUUCCAUUUGUGCGGUCAGGACUCCUGGGGUUUGUUGGCCCAGGCAGUCUGAUCUUUGUGGUGGGGAAAAUAGAAGGUUUGCUGAUGGUUAGUGGGCGGAGACACAACGCUGACGAUCUGGUGGCCACUGCUCUCGCCGUGGAACCAGUUAAGACUGUUUAUCGUGGACGGAUCGCUGUGUUUUCAGUCUCAGUUUUCUACGAUGAGAGGGUUGUGAUUGUGGCAGAGCAGAGGCCAGAUGCCAGCGAGGAGGACAGCUUCCAGUGGAUGAGCCGAGUGCUUCAGGCCAUCGACAGCAUCCACCAAGUGGGCCUGUACUGUCUAGCUCUGGUCCCGGCCAACACUUUACCCAAAACGCCCCUGGGUGGCAUCCACAUCUCUGACACCAAGCAGUUCUUCUUAGAGGGCACCCUGCAUCCCUGCAACAUCCUGAUGUGUCCUCAUACAUGCGUCACCAACCUGCCUAAGCCACGCCAGAAGCAGCCAGUUGGUGUUGGUCCUGCCUCUGUCAUGGUGGGAAACCUGGUGGCAGGGAAGCGGAUUGCUCAGGCUGCUGGGAGGGACCUUGGCAUGAUUGAAGACCAGGAUCUUGUUCGGAAGCUCUGUAUGUGGCCCACUGUGAUGCAUCAGUAUUUGACAGAGGCUCUACAGUGGAGGGCUCAGACCGACCCAGAACACGUUCUCUUUGUGCUCCUUAACUCAAAGGGUGUAGCGGUUGGCACGGCAACAUGCAUUCAGCUUCACAAGCGAGCUGAGAAGAUUGCAGCAGCUCUUACAGAGAAAGGCAGCAUCAACACCGGGGAGAACGUGGUGCUGCUCUUUCCUCCCAGCAUCGAUUUGAUUGCGGCCUUCUAUGGCUGCCUGUAUGCUGGUUGUGUCCCAGUAAAUGUCAGACCUCCACACCCGCAGAACCUGGCAGCCACUCUGCCCACAGUCCGGAUGAUUAUCGACGUUAGUAAGGCUGCGUGUAUCCUAACAACACAAAACCUCAUGAGGACCCUGCGCUCCAAAGAGGCUGCAGCUUCAGUCAACAUUAAAACCUGGCCAACAAUCAUUGAUACAGAUGACCUUCCUCGUCGCCGGCCUCCACAGAUCUACAGGCCGCCCACAGCAGAGAUGAUAGCUUAUCUGGACUUCAGUGUGUCCACUACAGGCAUGCUCACUGGUGUCAAGAUCUCUCAUGCAGCCGUCAGCGCACUCUGCCGCUCCAUAAAGCUUCAGUGUGAGCUGUAUUCCUCCCGGCAGAUAGCCAUCUGUUUGGACCCCUACUGCGGUCUGGGCUUUGUGUUGUGGUGCCUCGCAAGUGUUUACUCAGGUCACCAGUCCAUCCUGAUUCCUCCAUUUGAGCUGGAGAGCUGCUUGUCUCUGUGGCUGAGCACGCUCAGUCAGUACCGCGUCAGGGACACUUUCUGCUCCUAUUCUGUGAUGGAGCUCUGCACUAAAGGGCUGGGAACUCAGACCGAGUUACUCAAGGCCCGUGGUGUGAACUUGUCGUGCGUGCGCAGCUGUGUGGUGAUAGCAGAGGAGCGACCUCGGCUCUCUCUUACUCAGUCCUUCUCCAAGCUGUUUAAGGAUGUAGGACUGUCGACCAGAGCCGUCAGCACAGCUUUCGGCUCCAGGGUUAACCUUGCAGUCUGCCUGCAGGGAACCACUGGUCCUGAUCCCUGUACGGUGUAUGUGGACAUGAAGUCUCUACGCCACGACAGAGUGAGGCUGGUAGAGAGAGGAGCACCUCAGAGUCUUCCUCUCAUGGAGUCUGGCAAGAUACUGCCUGGCGUUAGGGUGAUCAUUGUAAACCCAGAAACUCGAGGCCCACUUGGUGAUUCUCAUCUGGGAGAGAUCUGGGUGCACAGCCCUCACAAUGCCAGUGGUUACUACACCAUCUACGGAGAGGAGAGUCUCCAGGCCAACCACUUCAACACCAAGCUCAGCUUUGGAGAUCCGCAAACUUUAUGGGCCAGAACCGGGUACCUGGGUUUUGUGAAGAGGACAGAGCUCCUGGAUGCCAGUGGAGAUCGGCAUGAUGCUCUUUUCGUGGUCGGCUCACUCGAUGAGACGCUGGAGCUACGAGGACUGCGCUAUCACCCUAUUGACAUUGAGACAUCAGUGUCAAGAGCUCACAGAAGUAUUGCUGAGAGUGCUGUGUUUACUUGGACUAACCUCCUGGUGGUCGUGUCGGAGUUGUGCGGUUCAGAGCAGGAUGCUCUGGAUUUGGUGCCUCUAAUUACAAAUGUGGUCCUGGAGGAGCACCACCUCAUUGUGGGAGUGGUGGUCAUUGUUGACCCAGGGGUCAUACCCAUCAACUCCAGAGGAGAGAAACAACGUAUGCACCUUCGUGACUCGUUCCUCGCCGACCAGCUGGAUCCUAUCUAUGUUGCGUACAACAUGUGAGGAGUGGUGUGUUCUGGGCAUGCUUUGCUGUUGUCUGCUGCCUUCAGCAGCAUCGUGGCUUGGCAGAGAGAGGGUGUAAAGCAAAAAGCAUGAAGCACCAACACUCCGCCCUGUGUGACACCAGCAUUUCUCAGCCACUGCAUGUCUUUGAUUGGAUCUGCCACAUUCAAGGCUAUUCACUGUGUUGUUAUAAUAACAUCUUGCAAACGGGGCAAAACUUAACAUGAAAAGCAAAGUGAAAAGAAAAGCCAUGUCGCAAAGGGCAAAAUAACACAACAGGUCACUUUUAUGAUAAACAGUUCUUUCUUAGUUCAAAUAUGUCUUCUUUUAAUCUAGUUACCACAAACUGAUUCCCUUUUUUUGUGUCCAAAAAUAGUUUCUUAAUUUAUGUCUCCUUACAAUUGUUUUACUUGCAGCUUGCAUGAAUGCAUAUUUGAAGUCCUUAUAAUUUCUCAACGGCAAAAUGGAUAAAUAAGAGAGUGAACUCUGACAUGAGUGUGCAUCUUUUAAAACUUUACCCCUCCCCCUCAUAAUUGAAGCCAAAAAGACUUCCCUGCCUUACAAAACUUCAGCCAUACAUUCCUAUCCUCACUUUAAUGGCUUUCCUAUAAAUGGCUGUUAAUGCUUUUGCCUAAUAUAGUGAAUUCUGACAGAUAUUGGAAAAAAGGGAUUAAAGUGAGAGGAAAGAGGCCAGAUUAUCUACUGUAACAACAGGGGUCUCUAUGUAUUUUGGAUACUGUAUGUUUCUGUAUAGAUAUUUUUAUUUGUAUAAAUGUAUAAAAUGCAUUACUCACAUGUCUCAGUUGGGCGUUUGAGGAUGAAUAACAAAGAGACCACAAUGGUAGCAGAGAGAAGAUUGUAAAUAGGCUUUAAAAAAUUGAUUUCACAUGGAAAUUAUUAGCUAUAAGGGAGGGUGAGGAUAAAUAACUUUAAAGGAAUUGUUAGUCCUAUAUGAAAUUGCACUUUUUAAAAAAAUGAUCUAUUUUAUUAUAACUGAGGCAUUAUGAGCUAGGGUUCAGGAGGAAAUGUGAAGAGUUUACAGCAACCAGGAACUUUCCCCGUCACUGUCAGUGGAGAAAACCAAUGUGAUGACUGUUUACAGGCAGCUGGGUAGUUUUGCAAAAAGCAAGUCCACCGUCCACCUGAUCUUCAUCGCCUUCGUGUUGGCAAACAGACCCAAUCCUCUCAGUUCGUGCAACACGAUGGAACAUUAACGGGUUUAAUACGCCUCCUCUCAGCACUCAGAUGUUCAAACUGUGUUUUGUGUUUGUGCAACUAUGUAAAUAAUUAAUCUGACAUGCAAAAGCUUUGAUGUUUGUAUUGUAGUCAACAGAAGCGAUUCAUGUUUGUCAUAAAUUAUUUUCUGUAAUCGGUCACUGGAUUUAUGAGCGCUUGUGAAUACAGCUGCAGAGCUGAGCCACAGAUAGAACAUCGCGUGUUGGCAAAUAAAUGCAUCUGAAAGAUAUAUUUACAAAAUACAUUUUAUUUCCUGCAAUCAUUCCUAUAAUUGAAAGUUUUAAUUUGCAAUGGAUUCUAUAGCAUUUUAUCAGUAGACCCCCAACCAUCAGACUGUAAAUAAUUUUUCAUUAUUUUCAGACAAGCUGAACCCAGUUUUGGAGAAGAUGCUAUUCAUUAAAUAUAAAUAAAAAUAAAUUUUAGUUUUUUGCAUUAUUUUAUGUACUGGAGGUACUUAAAGUAGAAAUGUACUGUGUGGACUGAAAAUAUCACCAUUUCAUGUAACAAUAAGAGUGUGUGAUCAUUUUAACCUCAUCUUAAUCCACCUAAUUUUAAAAGGGGUCCAACAGCACUUCACCUUAGCUUUAACAUUGUGUUCUGCCAUUCCAGCAAAACAUGGACUUGACUUAUGUGGACAUCUCAUUUUGAUGCACAAGGUAUGAAACUACAUUCAGGGAGUAAAACUCACUACAGGGAAGGACCAGGUUGUCCCAUAAUGCAAUCUGUGAACGGAGCCCAUAUAAUGUGGACAAAAUGAAUCUCUAAAGAGCUAAAAGAUGGAUUAUGGCCACCAGUGUGCAUCUACCUGCUCUGCUGGGAAGUCUACAAGGGCUUCUUCUGGUUCUUACUCAUUACCUUUCAGCAUCACAAUUCUUACACACUAUGCAAUCUUAAUGAUGGUGCAAUUUUAAUUUCAGAGUGUGCACAGUCUGGAGAAAUAAACAAGAUACUAAUAUUUUUAUUAUUAUGACUCAAGAGGGAUUGAUAAAAUGUAACUAGUAGUGUACUUAAGACUGUAUUCAUCUCUCUUAAGCUGUUUUGUUGAUAUUUUUGUGUAUGCACUUAGUAUGUUGUAUUUUAAUUUAAUAGUGAAAUCAACACUUGCUUCAAGAAGAUGAGAUUGGCUUUUGACUUUUUUAACUGCAUGGGGGUUAUUUAAACACCACAGUUUAAAAAAAUGAAGAUACACAUCAUCUUCCCCCUCCUUAUUUUUUUCUACUUUGGUUUGUUGUACUUUGUUUUAUAUUUUAUGUAUCAGUAAUGCAGAAUAAAUAGACACAUUUAACCACUCA